CGAAUGUAUUAUAUGUAUUUCGGACCUCUGGUGAGACGAGCUCCUCACGAGACACAGCGGUAGGCCACCGUGAAUACUUUACCUGUUUGCAAACAACAAUCUAGCUGUAUAUAGGAAGGUACACAGAGCAAAUCAGCUAUGACGCGUUCUCCCUUUAUUGGCCAAACACCUAAUCUUUCUAAAUGACCAACAACACAACCUCAACAAUCAUGGCACAGAAACCCAUCUUGAUAUCUGGCGCUGGUCUUGCAUCACUACUGCUCGCACGUUCCCUCCUCAGGUGUAAGAUUCCAUUCCGCGUCUUUGAACGUGACGCCUCACUCGCAUCUCGAGGCCAAGGAUACCGACUCCGGCUGUCCUCGGAAGGACUCGACGCCAUCGAAUCCGCACUGGAACCAGCAGCAUGGAAGAAAUUUUACGAUCGAUGCGGAAAGACAGGUGGCGGUGGCAUGAAAACAAUCGAUGCUAUCACCGCUGAACCCAUCGAGCAACCACCUACUGCUGCGGCUGGAAAUAGCAGUGAGGGCGGCAGUGGUAGUAGUAGCAGUAAUAAUGAAAGUUUGAGCUCGAGAGAAGGCAAGGUCGUUGGUAUCGCGCGUGGAGAUAUGCGAAACUUGUUCAUGGAAGGCUGCGAAGAAUUUGUUCAAUUCAGCAAGCAUGUCAAGGGAUAUGAGUUGACGGCUGACGGUGUGCGAGCUAUCUUCAGUGAUGGUACGAAGUCAGAAGAAGGUUCCAUGCUCAUCGGAGGUGAGGGUAUCAAUUCUUACGUCGCCAAACAGCUUUCCGGUGGUAAACUCAAGGUCUAUGAUACUGGAGCUCGUGGUAUUCACGGACAAGCGCCUACAACAGCCUUUAAAGGACUCGGGGAAGGCGUCUUCCGCAUAGUAGACAACAGUAGACCCAACGGGUCCUUUGCUGUCAUUACGAAUGUCCGAGCUGGCGAUAUGGAUGACCCAAAAACUCAAUUUGGUUGGACGAUGGUUGGUGAACCAGGUGUCAUAAAGGCACCGAAUGACGAUUAUACCAUCGUUGGGGAAACUGCCUCCAAUAUCGCCAGAGAGCUCACAAAAGACUGGCAUGCUAAGCUGAAGCCUCUGUUCACCGAGUCUGCCACUCCAGAAGGAGCGUUCUGGAAGAUUACGAUUUCAACACCAAGUGGUGUUCCUGUAUGGCCCAACCAGCCUCGUGUUACUGUCAUAGGUGACGCAGCACAUUCCAUGACCCCCGCCGGCGGUCUCGGCGCGAACACAGCCGUACGAGACUCAGCAUUGCUGGGUAGACUGCUGAAGAAUGGAUAUUACGAGGGAGCAACCGCUGAGUACGAAAAAGAAAUGAGGGUAUACGCUAGCAAGGCCGUUGGAAAGAGCUACGGCAUGGCAUCCAAAAUGUUCAAGAUCCACAUCGAUGAAGAUAACUCGACGACCAUGGAUGGCGAGAUCAGGGAUAACAGAAGCUCUGCAUAGAUGAACUUAUUUGUAUGUGUCUGUGUGUGGUGGUAAGGGGGGGUGGGGGGGGGGGGGGUUUC